AUGCCAUCAUUACAUAAUGCUUUGCUUAUUUUCCCUACUCCAGCUUGCAAGCUGAAGAAGGAAUAUUUCAAUGCAUUUGAAGAUGCAAAUCAUCUGUCGCCAACGACAGAAGCCUAUGCAGCUUGGUUUGAGAGCUUUUACUUGAACAUCAAUAGUGAAGUGAAAAACAAAGGCCUUACGUUUCUGCCAUCUGUUGCUAAUACCUGA